AUGAGAAACAAAAAUCCACGCAAAGCCCUAAAUCCACGUGUAAAAGUGGUCGUGUAUGCCAAAAUGGCGUCGUCCACUGUGUCGGGAGGGCCCGGCUCGUAUCUCAAUAUUAAAUCGGUUUUAUUCAACCCGACUGGGUGGAGGAGUUUGAUCACGUUUACCGUGUUGGCCCUCGCAUGGUUGGCUGGCUUUUCCUCCCGUCUAUUCUCUGUCAUUCGCUUCGAGAGCAUCAUCCAUGAGUUCGAUCCAUGGUUCAACUAUCGCUCAACGGCUUAUAUGGUGAAGCAUGGCUUCUAUAACUUCUUGAACUGGUUCGAUGAUCGAGCAUGGUAUCCACUUGGUCGCAUCGUUGGGGGUACGGUGUAUCCUGGUCUCAUGAUCACCUCAGGAGCCAUCCAUCACAUCCUUCAUCUCCUCAACAUUCCCAUCCAUAUACAGGAGAUAUGUGUAUUCCUUGCUCCAAUUUUCAGUGGGAUGACUGCCAUAGCAACAUAUCUCCUGACAAAGGAGUUAUGGUCAAAUGGUGCAGGACUUUUUGCUGCAUCUUUCAUUGCCAUUGUGCCUGGAUACAUCAGUCGAUCAGUGGCUGGUAGCUAUGACAAUGAGGGCAUUGCCAUCUUUGCUCUCAUGUUCACCUACUAUCUGUGGGUUAAAUCUGUGAAGACUGGAACCACCUUCUGGGCUGCUAUGGCUGCUUUUUCCUAUAUGUACAUGGUGUCUGCUUGGGGAGGUUAUGUAUUCAUCAUCAACCUCGUCCCAUUACAUGUCUUUGUGCUUCUACUGAUGGGCCGAUUCUCGCUCAGAAUCUACACUGCUUAUACAGUUUUUUACAUUGUGGGACUCAUUAUGUCCAUGCAGAUCCCAUUUGUUGGGUUCCAGCCUGUUCGAACAUCUGAACACAUGGCUGCUGCUGGUGUUUUUGUGCUGUUGAAUGUGGUUGGUGGGCUGCGAUACAUUCAAGGCUUCAUGAGCAAGGCUGAAUUCCGCUACUUGGCCGUGUUUGGCUCUGCUAUUGCUGCUGGAGUUGUCUUCCUUGGUGUUGUAGUUCUCACAUAUGCUGGGUUUAUUGCACCCUGGAGUGGACGAUUCUACUCCCUGUGGGACACUGGAUAUGCAAAACUUCAUAUUCCUAUCAUUGCAUCAGUAUCAGAGCAUCAGCCAACCACAUGGUUUGCUUUCUUCUUUGAUCUUCACAUUCUCAUUGCUGUCUUUCCUGUUGGGGUCUGGUAUUGCAUCCGAUACAUCACAGACGAACGUGUCUUCAUUGUCCUGUAUGCAUUGACGGCCACCUAUUUUGCUGGAGUGAUGGUACGGCUGAUGUUGACUCUGACACCUGUGGUGUGUGUGCUCAGCGGUAUUGCAUUCUCGGAGCUGUUUUCUGUCUACAUGAAAGAUGAAGAUGGGAAGAAGCAUGGAGACGAAUCAAAUGGCGAUGCUGCAGAUCGUAAUAAUAAGAUGUAUGACAAGGCAGGGAAGGUGCCAAAGAUGAAACAUGAGGUGGCAAAGGAGGAUGCAGGCACAGCAGGAACUGGUCUAGGAAUGAACCUUCGAAGUAUUGUCGUUGUGGCCAUGCUCAUGAUGCUCUUGCUCUUUGCUGUCCAUUGCACCUGGGUCACCUCUCAUGCCUACUCUUCCCCUUCCAUCAUCAUCGCCACUUACUCUCAUGACGGGACAAGGCACAUCAUAGAUGAUUUUCGUGAAGCAUACUACUGGCUCUGGCAGAAUACACCGGAGGACUCCCGCAUCAUGAGUUGGUGGGAUUAUGGUUAUCAAAUAGCAGGAAUGGGGAACCGAACAACACUGGUGGACAACAACACGUGGAACAACACACACAUUGCUCUUGUUGGGAAGGCAAUGGCAUCAAACGAAUCUACUGCUUAUCCCAUCAUGCUGUCAUUGGGUGUGGAUUAUGUCUUGGUGAUCUUUGGAGGUGCCAUUGGCUACUCUGGAGAUGAUAUCAACAAGUUCCUCUGGAUGGUUCGCAUUGCUGAGGGGGAGUGGCCCACUGAAGUCAGGGAGAAGGACUACUUCACUGAACGUGGUGAGUACAAGGUGAACAAUGAGGCCACUGACAUCUUUCUCAACUGUAUGAUGUACAAGAUGUGUUACUACAAAUUUGCUGAUCAUGCUGUGAGCUUUGGAGCACCCCGAGGCUAUGAUCGACUGCGCAGCACAGUCAUUGGGAACAUGGACUUUGACCUGAAAUACUUGGAAGAGGCAUACACCACUGAAAACUGGAUUGUCCGCAUUUAUAAGGUGAAGAAGCCUGAGUCUUUCAUUCGUCAUCGAAUCCCUGCCACAAAACGAGUGGUGAAACCUCGCAACUUCCUCAAGAAAGGAAAGAAGGUAGGAGGAAAGGGCGUGAUCAAGAAUCGACCCUCCAUAACAAAGGGGAAGCGUCCACAAAAGCCCAUGCGGUAACCUCUGCCUUCCUGGCACACGCCUCAAAUGAGUUAUGAUUUGGUUUCAGUGAAAGGCACCUGUGUGGGGCAUCUUUUUCUUCUUUUUCUCAAGUUUGUUUCAACACGGGGUAAAUUAAACUAAUGACAUGGGACAUAAGGAAAAAAAAUGGUAUGCUCUGCAGUGAGAAAAGGUGACCAUGAGUCUCUUUCUCUCUCUAAAAAUGCCUGUGAUUGAAAGGGUUAUUUUCAAUUGUCCACAUGUCAGCAACCCCCACCCUGUGAUGUUUUUAUCUUGAAAAAUAUUGCAGUAUGUAUGUAGCAUGUACAGUUUGCAGAGUGUUUAUGAAUCAUUCCAGGACUUUGUAUUAUGUUUCUCACAGCAGUGAGCCUCUCUUAAGAUUCAAUGAUCAGUUAGAAUGACCUUGGGAAUUACUGUGGUACCUUGGCAUGCAAAUUGUGGGCAAAAUUUUUCAUUUUUGCUGGUGCCUCGCCCUUGAACUCAAACUGACUCACUUGGUCUCUGUGAUAGCUUGUGAAAGAGGAAAAAGUCAGCAUGACAAUCGGGCAAGUGGGUUUCUGCACACAUGAAUGAGAACAGCUGUGUGUUCCAUCUGUAGAACAUCAAACCCUGUCAAGUAUGGCAGGUUUUUAUUUUUAUUUUGCCCAAGGUAGGGGACUGGAUGCAUGACCCAGUGUAGAAAAAGAAGAAAGGAGUUCCAUGACCGAAUUCAUAAACCCGGUACCAUCUAUGUUUCCAGCACUCGAUAUAAAUCUCAAAGGAAAGCCACUUAAACUGGGAAAUUAUAUGUUAUUGUUUGCAUCUUUUCAAUGGAUAGAUGUCAUGCCUUCUUAUGUGUCCUGUUGCCAGCACUGUCACACUGUGGCUUUGUCAAUGAAGAGAAAUUUGUUUCAAAAAGUC